AUGCCUGCGUCCGAUGCGGGGAAGCCGAACAUCAUCGUGGUUGGCGCUGGCUACGCUGGGCUGACGGCAGCGAUCGAAUGCGUUAGACAUGGCAUGCAUGUCACAAUCUUUGAAUCAACAUCUAAGCUCACUCUGCAAGGUGACAUCAUCCAGCUAGCAGCCAACUCGACCAGGGUGCUCGCGAAAUGGGGAGAUGUGUUAGCAGACAUUCGUGCAGAGUCUUCGCUUCCGAAACAGAUGCAAUGCCACAACUCCAACGGCGAGCUUCUCAUCGCUCAGGACCUACCACCGGAUUUUGAUGGUGCGCCAAAUGUCUACACUAACCGCGGUCGAACGCAGAGGAUCAUGUAUGAGUACGCAGCCUCCCUGGGAAUCGAAGUCAAGUUUAACCAUCGCGUGGUUGAUUUCUUCGAAGACGAAGAUGGAGCCGGUGUCGUCGUGGACGAUAAGAAGUUCACGGCAGAUGCUGUUCUCGUGGGCGAUGGCGUCCACAGCAGAGCCCGAAGAGUGAUUACAGGAAAGAUAGAGUCGGCUAAGACGAGUGGCUUUGCUGUUUAUCGAUCUUGGUUUUCGUUAGAUGCCCUCAAGAAUGAGCCAAUACUGGAUGGUAUUGUCAACUCCAAGGAAGACUUGUUCCUGGUUUGGAUUGGUCCCAACACACAUGCGAUCGUUUUGACAAAUGUAAACCUCAGGUCUCUGGUCUGCUUCUGUACCCACAAGGACGAAUACGAGGUCAUGGAAUCCUGGAGCUUUCCUGGCAAGGUUAAGGAUAUGCUUGCAGCCGUUGAUGGUUGGGAUGAACGCCUUCGAGCCGUGAUUAGGAACGUGCCACCGGAGGCGAUCAUUGACUGGAAGCUGCUAUGGAGAGACCCAGCUCAGGUCUGGGUGUCAAAGCUCGGAAGAAUGGCUCUCAUUGGAGAUUCAGCGCACCCUCAUCUGCCAACUUCAGGUCAAGGAGCGGCACAGGCUAUCGAGGAUGGAGCCACAAUUGGAGCAUUGCUUGGUCGAUCUGGGAAGGAAAAGCUACCGCAAGCGCUGCAAGCGUACCAGAAACUCCGUUACUAUCGUACUGCCCUCACUCAGCGCAUGGGGUGGGAGCUGCGACACUUCUGGCAUAAAACCGACUGGGACCUGGUUGCGGCCCAACCUGAAUUGCUCCAGAUGCCCCAACCUCAAUGGCUUUUCGGUGGAGACGCUGAAAAGCUGGUCGGUGAAAGUUACGACGAGGUCAUGAAAGCUGUGGAGGAAGGUACGGAUUUCAGGCCCGAUAACCUGCCAAAAGCCUACGUGCACGAAGACUGGACUGUCGAGAGUAUGAUG